GGCGCUGCUCGGCGCUCGCGCUCUGGGGGCUCGGCUUUGCCGCGCUUGGUGCACUCGGGCGAGAGCUGGAACGUGGAACGGAGCUCCGAAGCCAGCGCAGCCACCGCGAUGAGAGGCGCUCGCGGCGCCUGGGAUUUUCUCUGCGUCCUGCACCUCCUGCUCCGCGUCCAGCCAGGUUCUUCUCAGCCAUCUGCAAGUCCAGGGGAACUAUCUCCCCCAUCCAUCCUUCCUGCACAAUCAGAGUUAAUAGUCAGAGCUGGUGACCAGAUCAGGCUGACAUGCACCGAUCCGGCCUUUGUCAGAUGGACUUUCAAGACCCUGGGUGAUGUGAGUGAGAAUAAGGACAGUGAAUGGAUCAGAGAAAAAGCCGAGGCUGCCCACACAGGCAAAUACACGUGCAUCAACAGAGAUGGCUUAAGCAGCUCCAUUUAUGUAUUUGUUAGAGAUCCUGCCAAGCUUUUCCUUAUUGGCCUUCCCUUGUAUGGGAAAGAAGACAAUGACACACUGGUCCGCUGUCCUCUGACAGACCCAGAGGUGACCAAUUAUUCCCUCAAGGAGUGCGAGGGGAAACCUCUCCCCAAGGACCUAAUGUUUGUCCCCGACCCCAAGGCCGGCAUCACCAUCAGGAACGUGAAGCGUGCCUACCAUCGGCUCUGUUUACGUUGCACUGCCAACCAGGAGGGCAAGUUGGUGCUGUCGGACAGAUUCAUCCUGAAAGUGAGGGCAGCCAUCAAAGCUAUACCAGUUGUGUCUGUGUCCAAACCCAGCUAUCUUCUGCGGGAAGGGGAAGAAUUUACAGUGACAUGCACAAUAAAAGAUGUGUCUAGUUCUGUGGGCGCAGUGUGGAUAAAGGAGAACAGUCAGCUAACUAAAGCACAGGUAAAACGUAAUAGCUGGCAUCGGGGUGACUUCAAUUAUGAACGUCAGGAAACACUGACUAUCAGCUCAACAAGAGUUAAUGAUUCUGGAGUGUUCAUGUGUUAUGCCAAUAAUACUUUUGGAUCAGCAAAUGUCACAACAACCUUGAAAGUAGUAGAUAAAGGAUUCAUUAAUACCUUCUCCAUGAUGAACACUACUGUAUUUGUAAAUGAUGGAGAAAAUGUAGAUUUGAUUGUUGAAUAUGAGGCAUACCCCAAGCCUGAACACCAGCAGUGGAUAUAUAUGAACAGGACCUCCACCAACAAAUGGGAAGAUUAUCCCAAGUCUGAGACUGAAAGUAACAUCAGAUAUGUCAGCGAACUUCAUCUAACCCGGUUAAAAGCGACCGAAGGAGGCACUUACACUUUUUUUGUGUCCAACUCUGAUGUCAAUGCUUCCGUGACAUUUACUGUUUACGUGAACACAAAACCAGAAAUCCUGACUUAUGACAGGCUCACGAAUGGCAUGCUCCAGUGUGUGGCAGCGGGAUUCCCAGAGCCCACAAUAGAUUGGUAUUUUUGUCCAGGAAUGGAGCAGAGAUGUUCUAAUUCUGUACAACCGGUGGAUGUCCAGAUUCAGAACUCCUCUGUGCCACCAUUUGGAAAACUCCUGGUUCAGAGCUCUAUAGAUUCUAGCAUGUUCAGGCACAACGGCACAGUUGAGUGUAAGGCUUCCAACGAUGUGGGCAAGAUUUCUGCCUAUUUUAACUUUGCAUUUAAAGAACAAACCCAUCCCCACACCCUGUUCACCCCUUUGCUGAUUGGUUUUGUGAUCACAGCUGGUAUGAUGUGCAUCAUUGUGAUGGUUCUCACCUACAAAUAUUUACAGAAACCCAUGUAUGAAGUGCAGUGGAAGGUUGUUGAGGAGAUAAAUGGAAACAAUUAUGUUUACAUAGACCCAACACAACUUCCUUAUGAUCACAAAUGGGAGUUUCCCAGAAACAGGUUGAGUUUUGGAAAGACUUUGGGCGCUGGCGCCUUUGGUAAAGUUGUGGAAGCCACUGCUUAUGGCUUAGUUAAAUCAGAUGCGGCCAUGACUGUUGCUGUCAAGAUGCUCAAGCCAAGUGCCCACUUAACAGAACGAGAGGCCCUCAUGUCCGAACUCAAGGUCUUGAGUUACCUCGGAAACCAUAUGAACAUUGUGAAUCUCCUGGGAGCAUGCACUGUCGGAGGACCCACCCUGGUCAUUACAGAAUAUUGUUGCUAUGGUGAUCUUUUGAAUUUUUUGAGAAGGAAACGUGAUUCAUUUAUUUGCUCAAAGCAGGAAGAUCAGGCAGAAGCAGCACUUUAUAAGAACCUUCUGCAUUCAAAGGAGUCUUCCUGCAGUGACAGUACCAAUGAGUACAUGGACAUGAAGCCUGGCGUUUCUUAUGUUGUCCCAACCAAGGCAGACAAAAGGAGAUCGGCAAGAAUAGGCUCAUACAUAGAAAGAGAUGUGACUCCCGCCAUCAUGGAGGAUGACGAGUUGGCUCUGGACCUGGAAGACUUGCUGAGCUUUUCUUACCAGGUGGCAAAGGGCAUGGCUUUCCUUGCCUCGAAGAAUUGUAUUCACAGAGACUUGGCAGCCAGAAAUAUCCUCCUUACUCAUGGUCGAAUCACAAAGAUUUGUGAUUUUGGUCUAGCCAGAGAUAUCAAGGCCCGACUGCCUGUGAAGUGGAUGGCACCAGAAAGCAUUUUCAACUGCGUGUAUACAUUUGAAAGUGAUGUCUGGUCCUAUGGGAUUUUUCUAUGGGAGCUCUUCUCUUUAGGAAGCAGCCCCUACCCUGGAAUGCCGGUUGACUCCAAGUUCUACAAGAUGAUCAAGGAAGGGUUCCGAAUGCUCAGCCCCGAGCAUGCACCUGCUGAAAUUUAUGACAUAAUGAAGACUUGUUGGGAUGCUGAUCCUCUAAAAAGGCCAACAUUCAAGCAGAUCGUUCAGCUCAUUGAGAAACAGAUUUCAGAUAGCACCAAUCACAUUUACUCCAACUUGGCCAAUUGUACUCCCAACCCAGAGAACCCUGUGGUGGUGGAUCAUUCUGUGCGGGUCAAUUCAGUUGGCAGCAGCGCCUCCUCUACCCAGCCUCUCCUUGUGCAUGAAGAUGUCUGAGCAGGACGAGCUUUUGGGGUCUCCCCUACAGGAGCAAUCCCCAUUUUUUUGGCUUCCACAAUGGUUCUUUUGUUUUCUUUCAACUUGCAUCUUGUGCCAGGGUAGUGGGUCCCCCACGGUAAUCCUGACUUCAUGAGCACACUUUAGUGGCUGAUGAUUUUCUUGUCAUCAAUCACCAACCUGUUGUAAAGGUUCGAACUGUAUAUAUUCCCAAAAGCAAAGUAGCUCCUACUAUAAACAAAAAAAGUUCUGAUUUAGAGAAAGAGAGGGUGGAAUGGGCUAGAUGCCCAGAUUUCUUUCCAAUGCUUCUCCAAUUCUGUUUGAAAAGCGUGGUUGGUUGUUGAUUUGAAUAAAAAGAAGUACGCACAUUUGGCCUAAAGGAUCCAGGAUGAUGUGAAGAUACAUCGGGAUUGCCAAUUGAAACCUAAGCCCUUCAUGUGGAAAAUGGAACAUUAUUAGAACAAAGGAUACAAGUAUGAACAUCUGGCCUUAUGAAAUCUAGUAUUUCACACUGAGAAUGAGACCUGGGCCAAGAAAAAGUGCCCCUUGAACAUGAAUAAAGACAUGGCUGUGGACCAUCGCAUGAGCUUUUGUACACCUGACCUGGUUUUUAAAUAGAAUUUGCUAUCAGGAGUUGAAUUGGAGACAAGGCCCCCCUAGCCUGUGUCUGUAUAUACUCAUCUAUAGAUUGUGCAUGUUCAUACAUUGGAGGAGGAGCCCACAAGGUUUAAUUUCUGUGUACAAACCUGGCGUUAUGUCUGCUGUGUGUAGGAAUAGAUUGAGCCAUACAAGUUUGAAGGAAACAGUUAAUACUGGUUUUUUUUAAGGAAAAAAUGUAACUGUCAAGCACAGACAUAACAAAAACCUCCUCUUUUAGCCAAUGAACUUGCCCUUUCGAUUGUCCAGAAUAAGCCGAUAGCCUCAGAAUAGCAUUGUACUCAGUGGAUUUGAUGCUGUUUGAAGAAGUUGCUGAUCUACCACAGGAUUCUGCAGGAGUGAGAAAGUAGUGCUGUCUUAGUUUGGAUUCUUGUAUAGCAGGAAGUCAAAGUUAGAUUCAUCCUCCUUUACAGACAUGUCCUGGACAUUGGGCCAGUAUCUCAUGUAAGAGUGUAUGUGUGUGCGUGUGUAUAUAUGCAUGCAGAGAUGUAUUUGAGGGGGUGUUUUUGCCCUGAGUCCAAUAGGGUCCUUCAGUAAGUACCCAAGAAGUAACUUGGCUUUCAUCAUCAGACCUGUUUCUGUACAUAGCUGUCUAGAAUAGCUUACCAAAAGCUUGUGUAGAGGCUUGUCAGAAGUGGAGUGCUGAGGGACUGACCUACUUGCAAUCCAUGCACACUUAAGGCACUCUGUUAUUUAUACUCAACAUACUGUACCCAUUCUUUAGGCCGUAUGUAAUGCUACUGUUCCACUGAGAAACAUAGUUAAAUGUUACCCUUUAGGCUGUGGCCUAAAUACUACUCUUGAUAGUUUACCUUCUUUCUCCGCCCUCCUCAUCGCUGCCUAAUAUAAGAGGUAAAUGUGUACAUGGCAAGAUUUGUGUGUUGUCUUGCAAAAUUCGGGUAUGUUGCCUCCAUGGUUUUCCCUUAUCCAUCCCUUAGACUACAUUUAAAGUAGUUUGUCCAUUAAUUUGGAAGUAACUGUUUGCACUGGAGUUUGAUGCUCUCGCACCUUUCCAAAGUUAACAAGUUUUGGGGUUGUGUUAUCACAUAAGAGAUUGUUGCCAUUUGCCAUACUUUGUCUGAAAAAUUCCUUGCAUUCCUAUUGACUUUGAUUAUAGUAAGAAAAGUUAAUUGUAGAUGUCUAGGUACUUCAGGGGCACUUCAUUGAGAGUUUUGUCUUGGAUAUUCUUGAAAGUUUAUAUUUUUAUAAUUUUUUUUUACAUCUGAUUUUUUUUUGCAGUUGCUUAAUGUUUGAAAUUAUUUUUGGCUUUUUUUGUAAAUAUUGAAAUGUAGCAAUAAUGUCUUUUGAAUAUU